CGGGCAGAGGGCGAGAAUCCCCGCAGCUGAUUGGACGGCGCUGGUUUUCAGACGUCACGCGGGACCGUCAGUAUAACUUUACAGAGUGAACGAGCUCGUGGUACGAUACUCUGUGUUUGGAGGGUGAGCACGUGCGGUGGACCUCAAACAAUAACAACAUGGUGAGCCUCCUUUUAAAUUAUACUAUUAAACGGUAAUUUAUGUAUUUUCCUAGCAUUUUUAUUCAGUUUUAUAAAGGUUGUAAUCAUUUCAAGAUAAGCUGAAUCUCACUCAAAAAAAGCUCAUUUAAGUUAAAGUUAGUUUAAGAUAUAACUCCUGAGAUAAUGUCUUAGUUCGGCUGAAUUUUAACCCUUCUUUGACGUCUGUGUGGGGCUGAUUCUGCUUAAGAUUAUAUGGUAUGAUUGUAUUUGAUAACCACUUAUGCAACAGUGAGUUUGGCGUGACUCUGUGAAGAUAAUUCACAUCCUAUGUGGUUAUGAGUAAGCUGCCAUGAUGUGUCAUUCCCACCAGUGACACUCUGCAUCAUCAGUGUAACACAUUCAUAAUCUACUUUAAGGGCUUUUUAACCUCAAUUUAUAUUAAAGAGGGAGAGUUGAACAUGAAUCCUUCAAAAUCAAAUUUCAUUAUUGAUUGAAAAAGAUUAACAAUAGGGGAGAGUGGGGUAAGUUUAUUGGAAAUGGUAAAAGAAAUUGAUUAUUGACCAAAUAUUUAGGAGAUGGGCAUCAAUUCAUGGAGUCUGUGAAGGUUAGAAGCACAUGAGUGAAGGAGUUAGACAUUUAUUUACCAAAAACAAAAACAUGUUUCACUCUUGAAAGUGAAUUUAUUCUGUUAUAAGUUUUAUUAGAAUUGUGUUUAGACCAUAAAAGAUUAUUUUAAAUGUGUUUUAUACAUCAAUUAUGGUAUCUAUGGGCUACAUAGAUAACUUUAAAGUCCACCAUUUUCGCUUAGAGGACUAAUAAAGUCAUAAAAGUAAAGGAGUCUGAUGAGAGGAUCAGAGUUUCAGAUCAGAUUGUUGAAAUGUUUUACUUUUUCUUCUCAAAAAUACAGUUGUGAAUGUUCUGAAUCGCUUAAAGACAUUCUCAUGUUAAAAUGGAUUUUUACAAAACAGUUUUUUAGCAGUUACAUGCAAUAAUAAUUAAAAAAAUAUAUAUAUUGUACCAGUUGAAUGGCAUAUAAUAGAUAAAAAUACACAUGAAUGUGAAGAAGUGACUGUUAUUUAGGGAGAGAGAACUUAAAUUACUCCAUACAUAUUUGUUUGUUUGUGUUUUUUUCAGUGUGAACGGUUGUAGAUGGUUUAAAUAAGAUUGUUUUAUUCAUUGGCUUUGAACCCUGCAUGAGACUCGGCUCCUGUUUUAGUGUUUGUUUUUAGUUAUUUGUUUCUAUGUUUUUAAAUUAGUUUUUAAAAACAUUGAAACUAUAUUUUACUUUUUAAUUCUGCUUUUAUUUUAUCCAUUGUUUUAUUUUUGUUUUUUUUUUAUUGUUUUUUAUGUCUAGUUGUUUUGUCUAUUUAUGUACGGCACUUUGUUCAGCUGUGGUUGUUUUAAAAUGCUUAACAAAUAAAGUUGAGUUGAGUUGAGUCCAAAAACAUUAAUUCUCUCUUCUCAAGCUCCUGUGAGGAGUUUUUGAUGUUCAUGAAUUAAAAUAAAAUUCAUAUUGAUGCCUUUUUAUGAUAAAAGCAACAAGAUCAAUGUUUAAGUUGUGAUUUUUAGGGUUCGACGGGAUAGGUGUCGGACACGCAGCUGAAGAAACUGUCCUGUUUCAAAUUUUCCGUUUAAGAUACUCACUUCUAAUGAUGCAAAUGACUGUCAAAAGUCAAAAGGUUACCGAAUCGAUCAUGUCGAGGAUUCCCCACAGGAGCUUUAAGUUUUCGUCUUAAUGUUAUAGAGGAAAAAGUCUGUUUGGGGGUCUCCCAGAGGGGGGAAAGGUUGAAACUGCCCUCCUACGUGCCAACUUUCAAUGCAGUCAGCAAUAUGCAGUUUCGAUGCUGAUGUGUAACCUUAUCUCUUUAUGACUAUACCGCCUUUCACCUGUACGGUUGUGGAGCUCCGCCCACAUCACUGUUGUUUUUGUGCGGCGCAGACGCGACUGAUGCUCACAACCAAAAUCGCCUCAUAGAGCGGCGGUAUCAUUCGUAAUCCUCCCACCUGUUUGCACGCAAAUUCAGCUGUUUGUGUUUACAUAUACGGCUCACUUCAGGAAGUUACAACAGCCAUUUUACAUUUUAAACAGUCACACUUUUAAAAUUAAAGGUCUUUUAUGCUUCAUAUUUGUCCCUUUUUGUGUUUCUUUUCAGUCUGUACAUGAAAAAUCAACAGAGAGGCUUCCAGUGGAGAGAUCACAGACUGGGAAAACCAUCACUACAGUAAACAAACAGAUCUCCAGACUGUAUCCAUCACUGCCCCACACCGACCGGUGAGUCGGUUAACUCAUACAUCCUCUGAUUUACUUUUUCUUCUCGAUAAAAAGCUAAUUUCAAUUCUUUCGCUCAUCGUUCCAGAUUUGAUGCUUUUGUGGCCGACCAAUCCGUAAACUUCCCUCUGGCUGCGGUUUCUCAUGCAGACGAUCAGGUAAUAUUCACAGAUGUAACUCUGGAAUAAACAAGUCUGUUUGUGACAUCAAUAUUCAUCACGUUACGGUCACCGUCUGUUCCCUGAGCAUAAGGAAAUUAACAUGCUCGUGUUACUGGAAACACUCCCAAACAAAAAUUCCAGAAGUGUGUAAAAGGAAGUCACGUUGCAUAAUUGGCAAAACGGCCGCAGAUGCUGGUAUUCGCUGCCGUGUUUUUGAUAGUUCCUCUUUUUUCUCCUUUAUUUGCUUCAGUUAGAGGCACCAGGCGCCAGCAGCGGCGAGGUCAGACGGAAAGCACAGAUUCUUAUCUUGGAGGAGCAAAAACAAGAGGUGAGCGCAUUUCUGAAGCGAGAUUCACACUCAUUCCUGAACGUGUGAACUUCUCAGCGCUGACAUGCUCUCUCUGUUUCACUCAGCUUCUUUCUAUUAAUGAGAAAUGGGCGAAGGAGUACCAGACCAUGAGACAGUACUACAAAGAGAAGGUAAGGGAGAGACUUAUUCAGCGUUUUUAAGGUGUUUUUUUUUGUGCACUUCACUGACGUUUUCCCCUCUUAACGCUCAGGUGGAAGAUUUAAAAGCAUUACUGCAACACGACUACAGUCACUGUGAGGAGGAGGCGUGUGAUGACGAAGAAAUGGACAAGGAGUUAACAGAGAAAACAAGAUACAAGACACUCAAAGACUAUAUCGUCACAUGGGUAAGUGCAGCUGUUUUUAAUUGCAGUUACUGUACAGUCGAAAGCAGUUUUCAAGAAGUCCUAAUCUGUCAAAAUCCAAAAUUACAGACUCGUGACGCUGACGUCAGCUCAGAGUUACUGAAAGCGAAGAACGAGGCGAAAGAACUGCGAAUGCAGAACAACACGCUGACACGCAGAGGCCACCAGCAGGCCGAGGAGAUCAGACGACUGAACAAAGUAAGUCGGAUAGCAGCCCUACAAAGACGACAAGGUGUUCGAAUUGUUGUAGCUGCAGGAACAGUUGUGUUUAAAACCCUUAAAUGUGUUUUUACAGGCUCUGGAGGAGGCGUAUGAGAAAAACCAACCUCAUGAUGUGAGCAGUGAGACACUACAAGAACUCUGGAAACAUCAGGUGAGCUUUGGUCAUCGAAACAACAGGCAGGGGGCAGCAAAACCUCCUCAGCUGGGAGUUUUUGCGCUUCUUUGGUCAUAUAGGGAUCUCUAUAUUACUACACCCCCGUCUAUGACACAGCUUACCUGAAGAUCUUAAUCUUGAAGACUUUAAAACCAAACUCAAAACGUAACUUUAUAAUCUUUAUAUCAUUCACUUUGUCAAAGUGUUUUAGCAUUUAUCUCUUUCUAGUUUUAAAGACAGGAUCAUCUUUUAUUGAGAUAUUUUGGUGCUCUUAUUUUAGUAUCUUUUACUGUUGUUUUUCUUUACUUUGUUUUUAGAUUUUAACCUCCAGUGUUCCCUUAUCUUGAGUUUUAAAAUGAGGUUUCCUCAGUGCGCACAUUCCUGUCUCCACGAAAUCAAGCCUUUUUUAGGUUCAUGCAUUUUAAUACUGUUUCUAUUGCGUUUCGAUCGUGGGAAUGAGGGGUUGGGUUGGGUAGAUGUGGAUAUUCUUCAUUUCUUUAAUUCCCUUUUCUGUGUAAAGCACUUAGUGAUAAAGACUAAUUGAAACUGGGGUAUAAAUGUAAAAUAAGGCGCUCAUUAGGAAAGAUAUGAGCUGUUUCUUUGCUAAAAACAGUAAUAGUAAGCUAACAGAGUCAAACCCAGAGUGCUGAACAAAGUUUGUUUCCUCCAGAGGGAAAAGGUUGAAACUGUCCUGCUGUGUGACAAAUUUCAUUCCACUCAGCAGUGUGCAGUUUCGAUGCUGAUGUGAAGCCCUAUCUCGGUAUUACUGUACUGCCAGCUCCCCCCACAGUCAAACUCUUCAUGAAAACAUCAGACUUCUUAUUAAAUCCACACUUGAUUCCUAAUUUUAUCGUGUUGCCUUGUGAUCUAUUUUUAGGCGGAAGUCUACAAAGAAGAUUUUCUGAAGGAGCGGAGUGACAGAGAGAAGCUCAAGGAGAAACAACUUGACCUUGAGAAGAAGUAUAGGAAAGUUCACAGCGAGCUGCGUGCCCUGAAGUCUCAGGUACGACAUAAACUUUUCAAACUUUGAUAACCCGCCAUGUUCAUGAAAGAAACUUUAAAAGUUAGUUACUGAGAGUUGAACGUUUUCUCUGUUUUUUUUUUAGAUGACCUGGGUUCAGACUCCACAGACUGCACUCGAAUGCAACUGCAGGACUCAGGCAAAAGGCUCGAACUGGGAGGUUCACCAAAUCAACCAGCAUCAUAUGGUGUUACAGAGGCGGUGAAGAGUGAACUCAGUCAGCUGCUCACUGUGUUAAAAUUGUUUGUUGCACUUUAGGGAGUCUCAGAUCAGAGGUCGUCUUUAGCAGGGUGAGGUUUUGCUAACUUAGCAAGCAGGACAACAUCCAGGAAGUGAUCUCUGUUCUGUUGGACUUCAGCCUGCUGCGAGUCAAGCUUCAGGUAGUUUUCACUGUGAUCAUGACGAGGCCGGUCAACCGGGCGAACACACAGAAACAGUCAGUCAGACAUGAAACAAGUCAGGAGACUCCAUGCACAGUGUGCACACUCUACCCAGUGUGUGAAGUUGUGGUGUUGAGCUCCUCCUCUGCUCCUCGGCUCCUUCAGGGAGGUGUAGAAUUUUGCUAUUGUCACGGACCGUAUUCACCAAAAUACAACACGAAUUAUACAAGUCUUUUGAUCCUUUAGAUGAGUAAACUAAGAAAAAAGAAUUAAAGUGCAAACUUUUUUGACCUCUGAUUUUGUAUUUCUAAAAUCGAAAACAGACUUUUUAAAUCAGAAUUCUGAACUUCAAUUCAACAUUUUGACUUUUUCCUCUGAAAUCAGAUUUUAAACUCAGAUUUCCAAGUCUAAAGUCUGGGUUUGCAAUUUUAUAAUUUAGAAUUCUGAGUUUAAGUUAGAAUUUAGGGUCCUAAGUCACCAUUCUGACCAUAUUUAUCAGAAUUGAUGCAGUGUUUGCGUUACCUCGGACAUCACGUCUGAGCUGAAAACGACGUCACACCCGAGUUCCCAGAAUUUUAGUUACCAAGUCGGAAAAAAGCAAAAUCGGAGGCCUGGAACAAGAUAGCUACAUCUGCGAAAGUUAUUUUAGCGCUUGCCUUAUAUUCGGACAAGACAAGCGCUGAAGUAUCUUACUACGUGUAUUCUUAUUUCUUUUAUUUAUUCGUACAUGUUUCGUACACUUUUCCCCCGACUUGGUAACUGAAACGCUGGUAACUCGGUGGUGACGUCAUUUUCAGCUCGCUGCCACAUGAGGAGACUGAGUUGAGCUGUAGAGGUGUAACUUGUUGUAAAGAUAGUUUCAGUAUUCCAAGAACAAACAUCGUGUCGCUGAGAAUCUCUAGAGUAUGUUGGUUUCCCGGAGAGUCUUUCAGUAUCAGUUCAUUAACAGCCAAGGCCUGUCAGGGAGGAAGCACUGAGGUUAUAUUAAUAUUAUACUUUAGCAUAUAUAUAUUUUAAUAUUGUAUUUAUGAAUGUUUAGACGCUCUAUUGAAACUUGUUCUGAAAUAAACCACUAAAGUCCA